AUGUCUCAUGCUAGUCACCAUGGAUCCGGAGCUUCAGAAGCAACACGAGCACAGGGGGCGUACGAUAUGAUUGUACAUCUCAGGCAACUCUAUCAAGAGCAGGCCCGGCAUGAGCGGUUCGACGUAUCGAAGGCACUUUUUCAGGCAAAGUUGACUGAGGGCAGCCCGAUAGGUCCUCAUGUACUCAAUAUGAUUGGGUACGUGGAGACUCUGGGACGAUUGGGAUUUCCUUUAGGUCAAGAGUUGGCUACAGAUUUAAUUUUACAGUUGCUGCCCAACAGUUAUAGUCAGUUCGUCAUGAACUAUAAUAUGAAUGACUAUAACAAACCAUUGCUUGAACUGCUUGGCAUGUUGAGAACAGCUGAGCAAGAUAUCAGUAAAGGGACAUAUGUUCUGAUGGUCCAGGGGACCAAGAAAAAGGGCAAAGGCAAGAAGAAAGGCAAGAAGGAUAAGGGCGCAUCCAAGUGUGACUCGGGUGCAUUGAAGCCCAAGGCCAAGGUGGCAAAGGAUGAUUACUGCUUUCAUUGA